AUGGACACCUCUGUGAAUUCGUCACAUUCUGCCCGAGAUAAGCGUAUCAAGUCUAUCAUAUAUAGCGCCGGCACCGAUCUUUGGAACUGGUGUGUUCAGAUUAAACGCGAAGAUGGAAGUGAAGUAUCAUCAGUGAGAAAGAGGCUCCUAACUUUCUGCCGGGUAUUCUCGUUCCUAAUUCUGGCGCUGGCGCAAUGGGGUGAUCAUAACACACCGGGUGAUCUCCUCCGCUUGGAAAAAUUGGCAAUCAAAACCGGCAGAUCUUGUAUUGUGGACGGCGAGCUCAAGUUUGCGCUCAUGGUUCUGCAGAAGGCCGCGGAAUAUAACGGGUUGUUGCAGAAUCUGCAGGCGAAGCUGCCGGACGAGGAGUCCGACGCCUGUAGGAAGCUAGAGACAGAGUAUUUUACACUUCGUAUAGUGUUGGCCUGGAAAGAAGACCGCCUUGACGUAGCAGACCAUCUGUACGAAAAGGUACAAGACUGUAAACAUACUACAAACCCAGCAUCGGCAGAGAAUUUUGCCGACUCAUUUUUUGAGAUUGGGAAAGACUUAACAGCGAAGCAGAACUUCUCGCUGGCAGUAAAGUGGUUAGAGCGGGCUUACGAAUUCAUCAACAGCCAAGACCUCGAGCAUCUACCAAGAGAGGUUAUCGAGUUGAGACUAGCAGUGUCCCAGGCGCUCAUUCGCGCCUAUUUAAAAUUAGAUACGACUGAAGGCUUCAAAAAGGCUGAAAAUCAUGUUUGUUACGUUGAAUCCGAGCUCGGUGAUAAACUUGUUGUCCUUCUACUUAGACUGGAACUCCUACUCAGCUCACCAGCCGAAGUAUUCGAUAGCAAUGCAUAUGCUGGCAUCCUUCGGCGGAUGAUCAGGAGCACUGAAGUCUCAGAAUCAAGUCUCAAUCUUAUGAUACACCAUAUACGUAAGCUAAACGACAAGAGCCCGAGCCUGGCCUCCUCCGUUCUCGGCGAAUUUAUAACAUUGGGAGUAUUGCCCACCCAACAGGACACCUGGGUUGAACGAGCCAUCGUGCUUUACACGCAGAUAGCAACAACGCAUCGGGACACUCACGAAACAAUACAAGAACUCGGAACCAUAUUUGAUAAUAUCGAGGCCAACCUAAAAAACUCAUUAUCAGCUGCUGCUGUUCUCGCCAUACAAAUGGUCAGCCAGCCACCCAACACAUCUUCAUCCCUUUUGGACAUGCGCUAA